UCUAUAGGCGCUCCUACCUGUGUUCCUAUAUGUGACCCUGCACUGACCCCGGCCUUGGUGACGGUUACAGGGUGUGGGAUCGGUGAACCCUGAUUGGCUGUUCCCUGCGUCCGUCGCCCGCAGGCCCCGCCUGCUUGCUGCUGAUUGGUUACAGCCCGCGAGCGAGCGGCAGCAACACGAUUUCAAACCGAGCUCGCGGACAGCAGAUGCCCUUGAAUGUGGCUGAGAGUCACUUUGUUGAACUGUGGCAGUCUACAUGGUCCCUGUGGACCUGGCAACUGGUGUUAUCACUGAAUGAUUAUUCCAGAGUUCAAGCUCUCGGGAUUUCGGUUCAAAUGACAGCACAGCAGAUGGUAUCAGGUUAUGAUACUUUACAGACACCAUCCAGACCUCAUCAUCCCUGGAGGUUUCCAGUUGCAAGAUUCUGUGAACAAGGAGCUUGGUGGUCAGCCUGGAGAUUGGAAAUUUGUUGUGGACAUAGAGUUCACGUAAUAACUCGCUCCUUCCCAGCAUCGGUAAGGCACUCACUCCCUGCCUGCCCCGCACUGGCCAGUGUAGAGCAGGAGAGGAAGAGUGGGGCAUGUUGAACCAAAACUCUGACACUGGCACAUUCCGCUCAGCCAAUCCCCUCAGAAUCCUGAACAGAGGCCCAGAAUAUUUCCGGAAGCAGUUGUGGAGGGGGCCCCCGAGCCUGAGUGCAGUUGAGCGGCUGGAGGCCGAUAAAGUGAAAUAUGUGAAAAGCUCGCAACUAGUGGGAGCCAGGCAGGAGCCAGUGAGGCCAGGCAAACCAGUAUGCCAUAGUCCCAGGAAACCUGGGGGGAGCUGCAGGGCAGAGAGAGCAGCCCUGAGUAGAGACUGCGAUCUUCCGAGUCCAACCAGGAAAGGACCAUACCCUUGCGGACAAGCUGAGAAUUCUGGAUUGGUACGCCAGCGAGGCAGCAACGAUCCCGAGCGAGGGGGCAACAAUCUGCACGCUGGCACCUCUGUGCCAGUUUACAGAGGGGUGGUGAGGAGGGUGGACGUCAGGCCAAGUGUUUGCAGGCGCCUCCGGAAGUGGCCAGCUUCCUCUCCAGCCAAGUCGCAGCUUUCCCCGUACCGAUCAGAUUCUUCUCAGCUGAGUGACCAAAGCUGCCGAGCCCAGGCUGAACUCGAGAGGUUCUUCAACCACUGUGGCCUGGAGCCAGAGGAGCUGCAGACCCCAGCAAUGGAGCAAUUGGCACAGUCCAGCUCAGACAUCCUGUCUCUCAAAUUGCAGAGUGUCAGUGCCUGUAGCUCACAGCGCAGCAAUACAGCAGGGGUGCAGUCGGGAAAGGCCAUCUCAAAGGGAGUCUCCAUCAUUGAACGCAACGCCAGAAUUAUUAAAUGGCUGUACAACUGCAGGGAAGCCAGGGGGCAGGCAGGUUGAGUUACCUGUGUGAGGAGCAGGAGGAGCUGCUGCUGUUGUUUGGGGCUUGCCUCCCUCUUCCAUGUUCCACCUUGCUUUCCCACUCCAUACCCUAGCCUCCCCUCAUUUCUCACAUGACCCAUUACCUUAUCCAAGACACCAUCUGUGAACUGUAGAAUUUACUGAAUCUUUACUGACCAUUUCUUUUGAAGGGUACAGAAUCAUUGCAAUCAAAAUGAAUUGAGCCUGUAGCUGUUUGCAUUAGAUUUGUGAAUACUGAUCAAUGAUGAUAAAUAAUUGGGUCAGAUCAAGAGCCGAAGAUCAGAAGUCAACAGAGUUGAUAAGUACAGAUAGGUAGAGAGAGAGAUAGCCAAGUAUGGACAUUGGUAAAGAAGACCUAACAGGUUUGUGCUGCCAACAAUGGAAGGAGAAAUUGAAGCUAAAAAUGGAAUCAGAUGAGGCGAUAACAUUCAUAAAUAGACGAACAGAGACCUGAAGAAAGAAAAAGCAAGACAACGGCCCCACUAAAGGCUAUGGAGACAACUAAUCAAGGUUCCCUGACAUUGUUGAUAAGUCUGAGCAUAAACUGUUCAUAAAAAAUGUCUGGUUAGUUUGCUGCUUCACAAUGUGUUUUUAGUAAGUAGAAUUUCCUAGGAUUUAAAUUCCACAAACCAUUCAGCUAAUUGUGAAAAUAAAUCUUUGUUCUUGACGAUUACUUAUAGACAUGACCUUCAUUAUUCAAUCUUAACACUUCAUAAAAACACACGAUAGUCAACAAAAUUGCAAGAUAUAAUAUAUAGUGCCUUGCAAUACACAUUGGAACUGAACUGUGAGACACAUAAUGAGCGACCUGUCUCCUAAGACCAGCACGUUACCCCUUUUUGUUCAAACCAGGAAUGAGAAAUAUAAGCAUUCCAUGUGACCCAAACCCCAGCUGCUUUUAGGGCUUAGAAUGGUGUCCAGUUUUGAGCCUUUGGAAAGGCACCAUACCCAGAGAAUGAGUAAGCAGAGGAGACAGAUUCAUCACCAUUACACUAGGAUGGUGUGUCACCCGUCAUAUGGAGAGACUGGAAAUGUUGGGAUAAGCAAGGAUCAGCCUUUCAAAUAAUCUGGUUCCCCUUUUGUAAGUUGGAAACUUGAUAGAAAGGAAGAAUUUUCAGGAAAUGGGGAAAGGGCAGGGAUGUGAGCACAAGGGCAAAUGACCUGCUGUGUAUAAUUCAAUUAGUUUAUUCCUAUAUAUAUUAUAUAUAUAUAUAUAUAUAUAAACAUUCAGAGGUGUUGGGAAGAUUGAAAUAAUGGAUUAUAAAGCACAUUUGUUAAAUUAUGAUCUGACUCAACAGUGGCAGGAGAGAUGGACUAAUCUGCUUUGAAUUAAAUUUUCACUAUUCAAACUUGGAGCCAGUCACACUGUUAUGGGAGAGGUGAGCUUAAUGUUUAGGAUGUUAAACACCUCGUCCUUUGCAGAGUUGGAAGCUGGAAUUUCUCUCACCUUUCAUCACUCUCAUCUUGCAUUCUGCAAGUAACAGGUCAGAUGGUGAGAUGAGGAGCACAAAUCUACACCUGAUCAUUGGUGCAAAAGUGCACCCAAAGAGACCAGUACUUUAUAAACAAAUAUUCAAUUUCUGCGAUGUGAGUAUCACGUACUGGCCAGCACUUAUUGCAUGUUACUGGAUGCCUUUGAGAAGGUGGUGGUGAGCUGCCUUUUUGUACUGCUGCAGUCCGCCUGCUGUUGGAGGGAACCUGAGAUUAAUGUACUAGCCUCAGUGAGAGACACUCCCACUGAUUGCUAGCAAACUUACUGGAGAGCAAAUGCCUCACUUCACUUGGCUACUAACCUCCAGUACACCCUCACUCAUCAAUCUAUUCCUCACCUCGCUGAACUGGGUAAAUGGAGGGACUGUACAUGGAGAAAGCACAGAUCCCAAACAACAUGUGCAAUACUUCACCUGACGAAGGAGCUGUGCUCUGAAAGCUUGUGAUUUCAAAUAAAACUGUUUGGACUAAAACCUGGUGUUGUGUGACUUCUGAAUAUGUACAAGAGCAAAGUACCGUGGAAGCUGG